AUGUGCUGUUUACUUCCUGGGCUUCACUUCACUUUCACAAGCAGUCUUCUGCUGAUCCAGUGAGCCAUUCAUCUGCUAUUGUGGUGAAGCAGCUUUAGAUUGAAGGUGUCAUGGAUUCUGGUGAGGAUGGAGGUUGUGUUGGAGGUCCAUCAGGGGAUGAAAACUACUUCCAGGGCUACACCUUCACUGAUCGCUCCCAUUCCAGCCGUGUUGUGAAGAGCAUCAUGGACUUGUGCCUGGAGGACGGGCUGUUUGCAGACGUCAUUGUGACUGUGGACAGUAAAGAGUUCCAGCUUCACCGUUUGGUGCUGUCGGCUCAAAGCAGCUUCUUCAGGUCCAUGUUCACCUCAAACCUCAGAGAGGCUUAUGACCGUAAUAUUGAGCUGAAGGACGUCAGUGCAACCGUCUUCCAGUCACUGGUGGACUACAUCUACCAUGGGAUGAUCAAGCUGAGGGUUGAAGAUCUGCAGGACACAUAUGAAAUGGCCGAUAUGUAUCAGCUCACCGCUCUGUUUGAGGAGUGCUCCCGCUUUCUGUCACGGACUGUGGAUGUUAGGAACUGCCUUCAGGUGAUGUGGUUGGCGGACAGACACAGUGACCAGGAGUUGUAUACGGCUGCCAAGCACUGUGCAAAGAUACACCUGGUUCAGCUGCACCAGACAGAUGAGUUCCUGAAUUUGCCAUUGUGCCUUCUCAUGGACAUCAUUAAAGAUGGUGUGCCAAGCUCACAAAAUCCAACCGCAGCUAUUGAAUCUUGGAUCAAUCACAACAAAGUGGAGCGAGAGGAGUAUUCUGAUAUGCUUCUUGACAGCCUAAAGGAGAUUGGGGAAAAAGUGCACAUAUACCUAAUUGGAAAGGAAGACACACGCACACACUCACUAGCAGUGUCUCUUCAUUGUGACGAGGACGACGCCAUCAGUGUGAGCGGCCAGAACAGUCUGUGCCACCAGAUCACAGCUGCCUGCAAACAUGGGGCGGAUCUAUAUGUUGUAGGAGGCUCCAUACCGCGACGCAUGUGGAAAUGCAACAUGCACACGAUGGACUGGGAACGCUGCGCCCCUCUGCCCCGGGACCGUCUCCACCACACGCUCGUGUCCGUGUCCACAGAGGACGCCAUAUACUCAUUGGGAGGCAAAACCCUUCAGGACACUCUCUCAAACGCCGUCAUUUGCUACACCGUAAAGGACAACAUAUGGAAAGAGACCACUCAGCUAGACACGGCAGUAUCAGGUGCAGCCGGAGUCAAUUUGGGAGGUACCAUUUACCUUUUGGGUGGAGAAGAAAAUGACAUGGACUUCUUUACCAAGCCUUCUCGCCUUAUACAGUGCUUUGAGACUGCCACCCAGAGGUGCCAGACCAAGCCCUACAUGCUGCCUUUUGCUGGAUGCAUGCAUGCCACCGCUCAUAAGGACCUUAUUUUUGUGGUGGCAGAGGGCGACUCUUUGGUGUGUUAUAACCCACUGCUGGACAGUUUCACGAGGUUGCGCUUCCCUGAAGUUUGGAGCUGUGUGCCAUCUUUAUGGAAAGUGGCCAGCUGCAAUGGGUGCAUUUAUGUUUUUAGGGACAAAUGCAAGAAAGGCGAUGCGAACACUUUGAAGUUGAACCCUGCCACAUCUGUGGUCUCUGUAAUCAAGGGAAUCAAAAUCCUGCUCACGAACUGGCAGUUCGUACUGGCCUGAGAUGUUUGAUGUAAUGCAUGGGACCAUAAUAAAUGUACUGCGGUGGUACCAGUAA